AUGGAGCAGAACUCUCUUCCUCAUAACGAGUCUCUGAGAAAACCGAAUAGCAUUCCUCAGAAGGUUAAUGAAAUUAAGGGUGGAUUGGCACCUCUUAUGCCUGCGGUUGAUUGGAAAAUAAAGCCUCCAUCAGAUAAAAAGGUCACUUGGCAAUGGCUUCCUUUCAAACAUUCUGCUCGUAAAGAUGAUCUUCAGCUUAGCCAUUGGAUUCAUGAGAACCUCAACUCUGCUGCAUUUUCGAUGAUGCAAAUAUUGAGGGAAUGGGAGAGAGCUAAAGAGUCAACGUGGCAUGGGAAUCAAAAUGUUGAUAAGUGGGUUUUUGCCAAAAUCCUAAUGAAAACAUGUUAUGAACAAAAACGAUUAGAUGUGUCAUCACAUGCCUUUGAGAGGAUGGACUUGCAUGGCAGCAUAAUGAUAGUAUUUCCGGGGCAUGUCAAUGAUCCUAAAAUGGCAACCCUCCAUUUGGUUAAAGUUGUAAAUGGUGUUCCACCAUCAGGGGACUAUUCUUUUGCCAAGUAUAACAUGUCUGUUGACAUAACAAGAUACACAGAUGAGGAGUAUGAGAAAUAUUUGGCAAAUCCUAACUGGACCAAGGAGGAAACAGAUCAACUGUUUGACUUGUGUGAUAGGUUUAAUCUCAAAUUCAUUGUUAUAGCUGAUAGGUUUCCUUCAUCUCGAACUGUUGAAGAAUUAAAGGAUCGAUAUUAUAGUGUAUCUCGGGCUAUACUAAUUGCUAGGAAUCCAUCUUCUAGGGAUGGUGCUGUGGAUCCACUUGUUAAGGAACCUUAUAACGUUUCACAGGAGAUCAAGCGGAAACGAGCUCUGUCUCUAAUCCUCUCGCAAACAAAACGACAAGAGCGUAUAGAUGAAGAGGUACUUGCUGAAGCAAAAAGAAUUUCUGAAUUACGCAUAAAGGUUGCCGGAGAGUCUAAGUCGGUUGCUGCUUCAAUUUCUAGUGCAGAUGUUACAGAGAGGGCCAGCCCCAAUGAAACUGUAUCCCCAUCAAAUAUGCAACGCGGAUCGGCAGUAUUGCCUUCCACAAUAACGGGAGAUAAUCUUGGCUCGAUUCAUGUCUAUUUAAGAACCGACGCACUUGCUUACAUGAUGAACAAACACUUAUCAGUUGAGUAUCAGACUAGCCUCCAACAAGCUUUUCGGAGACUUGGGGUCAAUCCGACACCAAGGGUUCCAUCAAUAACUGUUUGUUUUGAGUAUCUUAAACUAAGAAAUGACAUAGUAACUUUCACGAAUCUAAUAGGUCAGAUCCGUCGCCUUCAGCUGCAGAAUGAGGCGGCCAACGGUUCAUCUUUUCGUGAUGGUUCACACGGAACAUUGACGCAUUUGCAUCGUGAAGAAGAUCUGGAUUGGAUUCCUGGUAAAACAGACUCUGGGGGGGCAACAACUGGUAAAAAGGAUCAAAAGAGCAAGGCGUCAGGACAACGUAAAAAAGCUUCAUCAACAGCCCAAUCAAAAAGAAAGAGAGUGGCAACCGGAAUGAAUUUUAAGAUUUCUAGUGCUCUUUUGAUAGGAAUAAUGCAUCUUGUGAUUAAAACUCACACUUAUCUUCUUCACCACAGAUUACGCAAACAUGAUCUGCUUAAGCCUCACCGUGCUGUCAAACAGCAGAGCCAACCUAGCGUACGAACUUCAUGGCCUAGUGUAUCACUUUCGCUUUUUUGUUCUGGCUUCUUAUUUGGUCCACUGUUCGAUGGACUCCAUUCAAGAGUCGAUCUUGUCGUGUACAAGUCCGGGUCUAUUGACAUUGGUCCACUUCAUACCAAUAUCUGGGUUCCUCCAUUGUUGGGGUUGUUUUACUGCUCGAUUGGUUUGCUUCAACUCUACCUAGACGAGAAGGUCCUAAACAAGGUUCAAGAGGGAAGUUUAACAAAAACAAUUGCCUCCCUGAUAUUAGUGGCGCUGUUCAUAGAAUCAAGUGCUGAACUAUACAAAGCGGGAAUAGCAGACAACACUGAGGCCUACAUAUUGUUUGCUGCUGCAGAGUUUCUAUGGUUUUUGUUGGAUAGAACACAGCCAGGCUUCACCCUAGCAUGCCUUGUUGGAGUUGCUUGUCCACUAGCUGAGAUACCCUUAAUGAAGUUCCUUCACCUUUGGUACUAUCCUCAAGCCAAUAUUGAAAUCUUUGGCCAGGGGCUAGUUACUUGGACUCUCACUUGCUACUUUGUGUACACACUGUUCUUAAUUAAUUUGUCACGGUGGUUCAGAACUGUUUAUGCCACUCAAACAGAGGAGUCUGAUGCAUAAAACACUACAAUCUGACGUUGCCGUUUAUUCUAUUCUUUAACGGUCCAUCCUUCUAUUUCUAAAACUAAAACUAUGUUUUUGAUUA